ACAAAAUCCUCUAUCAUAGCCAAAUUCCACUCUUGCUGCAGACAAGGACACUACAGGACAUCAGGAGACUGGAGGAGGCACAGACACCAUGGCAACUACCUCAACUCAGAAUGUGGAGUUUGUGCGGACCGGCUAUGGCAAGAAUCUGGUCAAGGUGCUGUUUAUCAGACGAGAGGGAACUCACCACUACAUCACUGAGCUGACAGCUAAUGUGGAGCUCACCCUCAAGUCCCACAAGGACUACUUGACCGGUGACAACUCGGACAUCAUCCCUACUGACACUGUCAAGAACACCGUCCAUGCACUGGCUAAGCUGAAGGGAGUUUUGACCAUAGAGCAGUUCGCCAUGGACAUCAGCAAACAUUUCCUGACAGCUUUCAAACAUGUGACCAGGGUAAACGUGAAGAUUGAGGAGGCACCAUGGAGGAGACUGGAGAAGAAUGGUGUCGAGCAUGUACAUGCAUUCAUCUACAGCCCUGAAUCCUGGCGCUUCUGUGAAGUCGAACAGAAUCAUAAUGAGAGCCCUAUUCUUCACAGUGGCGUGAAAAACAUGAAGGUGCUGAAGACCACUCAGUCUGGCUUCGAGGGCUUCUUCCGAGACCGCUUCACCACUCUACAGGAGGCCAAGGACAGGUGUUUCUGUACCUCUGUCUACGCCAGGUGGCGCUACAACAAGGUCCAAAAUGUCAACUUUGACAGUGCAUGGAACUCUGUCAAGGAGACAAUAAUUGAGAAGUUUGCUGGCCCAUACGAUCGUGGAGAGUACUCUCCCUCUGUGCAGAAAACCCUCUACGACACACAGGUCAUAGUCCUGGAUAGGGUGCCUGAGAUUGAAGAGAUUGAGAUAGUCAUGCCUAACCAACAUUAUUUCACCAUUGACAUGACGAAAAUGGGUCUCACCAAUAACAAUGAAGUUCUUCUGCCAUUGGACAAUCCUUCAGGGAACAUCAUGGGCACAGUACGCAGGAAGCUGCAAGCAAAGCUAUGAAAAGGAAUACAAAGCUACCCGAAAAGACUUUAAUCAAAGUGAGAACAAAAUGAUAAUUAAUGUCCCAUCGGUUAAGGUCUCUCCAAACACAACAUACUGAUCAAUCUACAAGGUUGUGUUCAUUAGGAACGAAAUGGAAAGCAAAACAAACUGAAACGGGGAGGCCUAACCUGUCCUCUGUUGCAAAUGUAUUUCCAUUGUGUGCCCGUUAAGUGAAGUAAAACAUGUACAAAGCUGUAUCCUUGCUAACAAUAUUACUUCCCUGAAAUUACAAACAGACAAGUUUGUUCAUAUUCUCCAUUUAAGAAUUUCAAGUGUAGAAAGUGAUUCACCCCACAUGGUAAAUCUUAUCCUAAACAUGAGUCAAGGUGAAACUUUUGGUUUACACUAAUUGCAAUUGAUCAAAUAAUUGUGCGUGCAAUUACAUAUAAUUCAUAUUUUAUGAGACAACCAAUAUAAAUAUACAGUUGAAGUCAGAAGUUUACAUACACUUUAGCGAAAUACAUUUAAACUCAGUUGUUCACAAUUCCUGACAUUUAUGCCUUGUAAAAAUUCCCUGUUGUAGGUCAGUUAGGAUCACCACUUUAUUUUAAGAAUGUAAAAUGUCAGAAUAAUAGUAGGGAGAAUGAUUUAUUUCAGCUUUUAUUUCUUUCAUCGCCCAGAGGGUCAGAAGUUUACAUACACUCAAUUAGUAUUUAGUGGAAUUGCUUUAAAUUGUUUAACUUGAGUCAAACGUUUCGUGAAGCCUUCCACAAGCUUCCCACAAUAAGUUGGGUGAAUUUUGGCCCAUUCCUCCUGACAGAGCUGGUGGAACUGAGUCAGGUUGGGAAACGUCUUCUUCUGUAGGCCUCCUUGCUCGCACACACUUUUUCAAAUUGUCUAUAGGAUUGAGGUCAGGGCUUUGUGAUGGCCACUCCAAUACCUUGACUUUGUUGUCCUUAAGCCAUUUUACCACAACUUUGGAAGUAUGCUUGGGGUCAUUGUCUAUUUGGAAGACCCAUUUGCGACCAAGCUUUAACUGAUUCCUUGAGAUGUUGCUUCAAUAUAUCCACGUAAUUUUCCUCCCUCAUGAUUCCAUCUAUUUUGUGAAGCGCACCAGUCCCUUCUGCAGCAAAGCACCCACACAACAUGAUGCUGCCACCCCCGUGCUUCCCGGUUGGGAUGAUGUUUUUUCGGCUCGCAAGCCUCCCCUUUUUCCUCCAACAUAACAAUGGUCAUUAUGGCCAAACAGUUCUAUUUUUGUUUCAUCAGACCAGAGGACAUUUCUCCAAAAAGUACAAUCUUUGUCCCCAUGUGCAGUUGCAAACUAUAGUUUGGCUUUUUUUAUGACGGUUUUGGAGCAGUGGCAUCUUCCUUGCUGAGCGGACUUUCAGGUUAUGUAGAUAUAGGACUCGUUUAACUGUGGACAUAGAUACUUUUGUACCUGUUUCCUCCAGCAUCUUCACAAGGUCCUUUGCUGUUGUUCUGGGAUUGAUGUGCACUUUUCACACCAAAGUACAUUCAUCUCUAGGAGACAGAACGCUACUCCUCGUGAGCGGUAUGAUGGCUGCGUGGUCCCAUGGUGUUUAUACUUUUGUUUGUACAGAUGAACGCGGUACCUUCAGGCAUUUGAAAAUUGCUCCCAAGGAUGAACCAGACUUGUGGAGGUCUACCAUUUUUUUCUGAGGUCUUGGCUGAUUUCUUUUAAUUUUCCCAUGAUGCCAAGCAAAGAGGCACUAAGUUUGAAGGUAGGUCUUGAAAUACAUCCACAGGUACACCUCCAAUUGACUCAAAUUAUGUCAAUUAGCCUAUUAGAAGCUUCUAAACCCAUGACAUAAUUUUCUGGAAUUUUCCAAGCUGUUUAAAGGCACAGUCAACUUAGUGUAUGUAAACUUCUGACCAACUGGAAUUGUGAUACAGUGAGUUAUAAGUGAGGUAAUCUGUCUGUAAACAAUUGUUGGAAAAAUUACAUUAGUCCUAAAUAAAGUAGAUGUCCUAACCGACUUGCCAAAACUAGUUUGUUAACAAGAAAUUUGUGGAGUGGUUGAAAAACAAGUUUUAAGGACUCCAACCUAAGUGUAUGUACACUUCCGACUUCAACUGUAUAACAAAUGUAUAUCAUUUCUGCUCUGUAUGUAAUUGUAUCUCUUUAAACUGUUUAGAUUGUUGUAACACAGAGAGACCUUGUUCUAAAUUGGGAUAUUCUGUAUAAAUAAAGGUACAAAGAAAAAGGAGUGCACAA